UUCCUGACAAGGGACUAGCGUCUGAUUUCCACUUCCGGCGGCAUUGUUGACAAUGGCGGCCUUGCGGAGGAUAGCGGGCGUGCAGAGGUUGCUGGGGUUACCGGCCCUUGCGGCCCGUGCAGUCUCGUCCGGGGGAGCGUCUAGCUCCUCUGCUUCUGUCCAGGUGCCGCCGGCGCCGAGCUCAGCGCUGGUGGUGCCUGGACACAGUGAAGAGGAGGUGGAAGUGUCCGUGUUCGCCAAGAAUCCAGAUUAUCAUGGCUUUGAUGCAGAUCCUGUCGUUGAUCUCUGGAAUAUGCGCCUUGCUUUCUUUUUUGGCGUAUCCAUUACCAUUAUAUUGGGCUCCACCUUCCUGCACUAUCUGCCUGACCAUGGGAUGAAAGAGUGGGCUCUCCGGGAAGCUGAACGAAAAAUUAAGGAGCGGGAGGCAAAGGGGCUGCCUGUCCUUGACUCUAAUUAUUAUGACCCCAGCAAAAUUGUGCUGCCCCCAGAGGAUGAGGAAUGAGCUCUUUGAUGUCUGUCUGUCUGUCUGUCUGUCAGUGCUGAGAAUAAACCUCCAAGAUCAUCA